AUGACGGCUCGUGUCCUAUUGAGGCGUGGUUGGGUACUCCAGGAGCGCCUCUUGAGUCCCCGGUCAAUCUAUUACGGUGAGAAGCUGCACUGGGAGUGCUCUGAACUUCACGCUUGCGAGACAUUCCCACACGGCGGACCAAUUACGGGUACAUUCAACCCGUGGGGCAAAGAAGGCUUCCCUUUUCGUGCCGCAAAUCUUCUUUACGAUGAUAUGAGAUACAAAGAACUUGGUAUCUACGCACCUCAACAGUGCUCACCCGAGGUCGCUCGGAUCCGAGAAGUAUACAGGAAAUGGCUGUGCGUUGUGGAGUACUACUCGAAAUGCCAGCUCACAUAUGAAGAAGAUCGUUUUCCUGCGCUCAUGGGACUUGCGAAGUACUGGCAAGUCAUUACCGAGGAUGACUAUGUGGCUGGAACAUGGAGACGAGACCUUGUGUACGGUCUUCUGUGGUACCAGGAAAGACCUGCCCCUAAGAAACCUCGGUCAAAGGACUAUCGUGAUGCAAUGGGCAGAUUGUCGGGCGCCAAGCUUCGCGUCACGGCACCCAUACGACGACUGAAGCAACCUUUGGACCUUUCCAGAGAUGCCUACGAGCCAUUGUAUCUCCAUCACCUUGACGAUCGCGCAUACGGAAACGGAUAUUCCGCCGACCGAACAGUCUUAUUGCUACUCACGUAUAGAGUCAAGCCUCUUUUUGGAACCCAUGAGAUCAAAAGGCUGACGGGUCUAAUCCUUGAACGCGUGGCUGGAAAGAAGGUCUUCAAACGAAUUGGAAUGUUUGAACACGGAUGGUUUCAGCACCGUCUCUCAAACGGCGAGUGGCCUCUCUUCAUCGACUGGGAUCCUCUUCGCGAGAAGAAGACCACACUGACCAUCAUAUGA